CUCAAAGGUGCUCGCUCGGGUAGAAAGUUGCAAAAUCGGGUGCAACGCGGUCCUCACGGCCUCUCUCUCUCUCUCUCUCUAUCUCCCUCCCUCCCUCCCUGUCCACCUAUUUUUUCUUCCUCUUUUAUUUCAUUUAUUCGCACAAACUCGUUCCUACUUGUUUCGUUUCUCUCAUUCCCUCGUUCCUCGAUCAAAAUUCUAUAUCGACCGUCGAUAGCGCAAAGUUGGAUUUAGGCGUAGUCGCGAUCUCGUUUAGGUUACCACGAUCGGAGCGAUCGGCCAUUGGGGCGCUCAGUCUAACAGGCAGCUUGAUUCCAAGAGCGACGCAUCGAUCAAAAAACAUGGCACAGAUGGCACGAACGAUCUACGAUGGUUAUCGGGACCUGAUGGACAAUAGGAGCGACCCGAGGGUCAACGAUUGGGCCAUGAUGAGCGGUCCCUUCCCCACCCUCUUCAUUUGUCUAUUUUACGCUUACUUCGUCAAGGUACUCGGGCCAAGGCUUAUGGAAAAUCGCAAGCCUUUCGACCUUAGAAACGUUAUGAUACUCUACAAUCUCUUCCAAGUGAUCUUUUCCUCUUGGCUGUUUUACGAGUGUUUGGCGUCCGGUUGGUGGGGAGUCUACUCGUUCAGAUGUCAACCGGUAGAUUACUCGGACGAUCCUAUGGCGUUGAGAAUGGCCCGUGGAUGUUGGUGGUACUACUUUUCCAAGUUCACCGAGUUCAUGGACACGAUCUUCUUUGUUCUGCGAAAGAAGAAUAACCACAUUUCGACGUUGCACGUGAUUCAUCACGGAUGCAUGCCAAUGUCGGUCUGGUUCGGCGUCAAGUUCACGCCAGGCGGUCACAGCUCGUUCUUCGGCCUCUUGAACACGUUCGUGCACAUUGUGAUGUACUCCUAUUACCUCCUCGCCGCUCUCGGACCAAAGAUCCAGCCGUACCUAUGGUGGAAAAAGUAUUUGACGAGCCUGCAGAUGAUUCAAUUCGUUCUCGUCAUGAUUCACGCCUUCCAAUUGCUCUUCGUCGAUUGCAACUAUCCGAAAGCUUUCGUGUGGUUGAUCGGCGUGCACGCCAUCAUAUUUUACUUCUUGUUCCGUGACUUUUACAUCGAGGCUUACAAGAAGAGGAAAAGCACGAUAAGGAAGAGGCAAGAGGAAGCGAGGAAGAAGGAAGAAGAGAGGAGCGGCGACGAGUCCGUGCGAAAUCGUCUCAAGGAGAACGAUCUUAUUUAUGCUAAUCAAUACAAAAUGGCGACCGGGUACAUCUCGGACGAGGGCCUAAGAAAUCGCGUUUUCAUCGACAACCGAGGAUUGUCCGAGGAAUGAGAACGACCGCGAACGCGAUGCGAACGCUGAUCGCCUUUGUAAUCGAGACUCUCGUCGCGGUGCGCGUGUGCGUGUGCGUGCAACGAACGAAUGGCAAAGAGAGAGAGAGAGAGAGAGAGAGAGAGAACGCGUCGAGCCAAGGCUGCUCGCUCGAGCAGCAUAAAAACCUAUAUUCCUCGGAACGUCCUCUCGUCGAGAAGCUCGAAAAGUUCGGCUCGAUGCGUCGACGGUUCGUCCGCGACGAUCCAUCGCCUCGAGUGUCAACGAUCCGUAGUUUCGUCUUUUCUUACGUUGGCCGAGGACGACGCAACGAGGCGAAGCCCCAGCCGCUUCCUCGACGGAGGAGAAGAGAGAAAGAUGCAAAAUCAAAGGGAAUAAAAGGAGUUGGACGAAAGAUGUUUCUUUCAUCGCGCGAAUCGAUGCGACCGGACGGCAUUGAUCUCGAGACGAGACAAAGCGAUCGUCGUUGAUCCUUUUAGCGAUUAUAACGAGUCAUUUUGUAAUACGUAACGAUAGGUAUAUUUGUACAUGCGAUCAACGAAAUAUAGGACGUAUUUAUUUCAAUACGAA